AUGGACACUUCAUAUUAUGUGGUACUCCCCAGUUCUACUCCUAAUAGUUUUUAUGAAAAUAGAUCUUGUGAUUACACUGUACUACUUCCAAAGACUUUAAAAUUUGAUUCAAACUACGUAUGCGGUCUUCAAUCUAUCGUCUAUCCUCAUUCAUGGGCUUCCUUGGGUACUACGACAGAGGAAUACAUAACAAUUCACGGCGAAAAUUUCAAAUACACAGUCUUUCUACCUCCGGGUUCGCAUAGAAAUAUUAGUGCGUUGGCUGAAUUAAUUAACGAUGUAAUUAAGCAAGAAACAGAAUCAUUCAAAAAAGUUACUGAUAAUCGUCCCAAACGAGAGGCUCCGGAAAGUGAUGAUGAUGCUCCUGAAGCUAAAAAACCCAAAAUUAGAGAUGAAGAGCUUCUCAAGUUGUAUGAAAAGAAUGUCUCAGCUCUAGAUCAAAGAUUGCUCAAGGACAAGGAAGCCGUAAUUCAAGCAAGAGACGCAGCAGUCCAAGCAUUUUCGAAUGGUCUUCAACGUGAAUUUAACGAGUUUAAGACUGAUUCUUCUUUAAAAAUUCGAACUUUUUCUGAAGAAAAAACAAAAGAGGAGAAAAAUUUUGAAGAAAACAUCAACAAGCAAAUUUCCGACUUGCAAAAGGAAGCCGACUCUAAACACCAACAAAAUAUCAACAAUUUUAACAAAUUUAAGCAAGAUCACGAAAAGGAAUUCAACGAAGCACUAUCGAAGCUCCAAGAAAAGGCUAGAACACUAAAAGAAGCCGUUCCUAAAGAUUUUGACGGCAAGUUAGCCAAGGAAGAAGCUACUGUCAAGGCCCUCGAAAAUACAAAGAAUGAAAAAGAAAAGGUUUUUAAUGAAGCAAAAAAAGCAGUAGAUACCAAAAAAAACGAUACCCAUACUAAGAAUGAUACAAAUUACAACCAAGAAUUGAAAAAGUUGCAAGAUGCUUCCAUCCAGGCUCGCAUAGAAUUUGAAACCGCCACUCAAAAUCACGACCAUGCCCUAAAGCAUUUGAAUUCUCUCAGGGAACAGAGACCAACUCUAGAAGGACACGAAGUUACUAGAAUCAACAAUCAAAUUGAAGAUGAACAGAACACUCUUACGCAUAACGCGAGUCAAAAUUUGGAGUUCAGAAAGAGUUCUUUUGAAAGUCAAAGGGGUUCAAUUAAUCAUGAACUGUACGGUACUUUAGAAGAAUUGCGAGUGUCAUUGGAUAAUAUGAAAAAACAAUUACGAUUGGAGGUUUCAAAUUUUGACAAGGCUGAAAGAGCUGAGUGGGAAAGGCGUGACAAAGAGAAACAACAACAGAUAGAGGCAAAGCAAAAGGAGGAAGAUGAAAAUCUAAAGGAAAAAAUUGCAGAAAUUACAAAAAAUGUGACAAUCGCAAGACAAAAUCUAAUGGAAGAAUUUUUGGAUCGCGACCGUAAACAUUUUUUGAAAAAGAAGGAAGAAAAGCCUACAAAAGCUUACAAUCAAGGAGAAAGAAUUUACAACCAGAUUUUUCAGCAGGGGCCUCAAGCUAUGGACGAGAUUUUGCAAAAUUUUACGCCCCAACCUAUCAAAUUUUCUUACAACGACGCCUCCCAACGCAUAAAAUUGGAAAUUUUGCACCCCAAGGUACAGUACAUCACUAUGACAUCACAACUCUGCUAUACCUUAGGUUUUCCUCUAUCCGAAAAAUUGAAAAAUAAUACAAUCGCCAAGUACCCUGCGGACCUCAGUGGUGGCAUAAAACAAUUGAUGGUCUACAUCCCAGGCCUUACAUCCAAUGUUAUUGUUGGAAAUUCCAAUGUUCCCCUUCUCAGAGUCGUCACGGUACAAGGACAGCCCGGGGACAUUAUAGAGCAAAUAUAUGAAAGUCCUAUCUAUGUACCUGUUGAAGUGAAAGAAACUAGUAUGAUGCACGUAAAAAUAUUAACUAUGGAAGGACGUGAAGUCCCUUUUGCUCACGGAGACGUAUGGAUUACCCUACAUUUUAAAAAAUGUGUAAUUUUCUAA